UGUACAUUUUAAAAUAUAGUUACUAUUAUAUGCAAAUUUUCAGAUCUAUUCAUCUCCUGAGCUUAGAUGUCUCGAAACAGCCAAUUAUCUCCAAAAUUCUUUGCAAAAUGAUAAUUGCAAAUUAUGCGUAGAUGCAUCGUUAUCUGAAUUUUCUGUAUUUCGACAGAAUGCUCAAAAAUAUUGGCUAACUAAACAACAAGCAUAUUUUUUGUCCUAUUUAAUCGGUCACAAAUGUUAUUCAACUACACAUAUAAUAUGCAUAAAAAAUUUAAUUAGUGCUAUGAUUUAUUUCACUCACCUACGAAAAGAUGGAUACAAACUAAAUGAUACUUAUAUACCGUUAAUUGAAAAUGAACAAAUUCAAGCUGAAGAAACGCCAGAAGAAUUUGUCAGAAGAAUGCAGCAAUUUUAUGUGGAUAUUAUUCAAAAUUUUACUGGCAGUUGUGCAAUAAUUGUCAGUAAUAUUACUGGAAUUUAUGUGCUGGCUGAUGGAACUGCUUCAUUUUACUGGGAUUUGCACAAACCUCAUUCAUAUAUGAAAAAUUGCCAUGUGCAUGUAAUUAAAAUACUUCCUGAUGGAAAAGUAAGCAAUCACUUUAUUUUUUUUAUUGUACCUAUCAAAGAACCAAUACUUCCAUUCACACGAACAUUAUACGAUGCUGAAGUAGGAUAA